AUUUGUAUUAACUGCCAGUGGACCCUGAGUGGAGUUUGAACUGUGACGGGAAUUCAUAUUAACUAUUGGUGGAUUACGUGUUACCUAGGGGGUGGAAGGUGAAAAAGAAAAAAUCGGACUACAAGUAACGUUUGCAAAGUUAUUAAGGAUUUAACGUAGUUUGAUUUGUUUUUUACAAUUUAAUCAUUAAAUAAUAUUGCUUCAUUAACAAUAAUGUUGAAUACUGGUAAACUAGCAGGUCAUACAUUAUUCAUCACGGGGGCUAGCAGAGGGAUCGGUAAAGCUAUAGCCUUGAAAGCAGCAAAAGAUGGAGCAAACAUCGCAAUUGCAGCAAAAACAGCCGAACCUCAUCCAAAACUUUCAGGAACCAUUUACAGUGCAGCAAGGGAAGUUGAAGAAGCUGGAGGAAAAUGUUUACCCUGUAUAGUAGAUAUUAGGGAUGAAGAGCAGGUGAAAAGUGCUGUAGAAAGUACUGUCAAGGAGUUUGGUGGAAUUGACAUCCUCGUCAAUAAUGCCAGUGCCAUAAACCUAACUGGAACUCUUGAAACUUCGAUGAAAAAAUAUGAUUUGAUGCAUCAUAUCAAUACAAGAGGAACAUUUUUGACGUCCAAGCACUGCAUACCCUACUUAAAGAAGUCUUCCAACCCUCAUGUUCUAAAUUUAAGUCCUCCACUAAACUUUCAACCGAGGUGGUUUAAAGAUCACGUUGCUUAUACAAUGGCCAAGUAUGGCAUGUCAUUGUGUGUAUUAGGCAUGGCAGAAGAACUGAGACCUUUCAAAAUUGCUGUUAAUGCUCUCUGGCCAAAAACAGCUAUAAUUACAGCAGCUAUGGAAAUGCUGGGUGGAAAAGAAAUAGGCCAAAGCUGCCGAAAGCCAGAAAUCGUGGCAGAUGCUGCUUAUGCUAUAUUAACAAGAAACAGUGACUCUUUCACUGGUAACUUUUGUAUUGAUGAAUACAUACUGAAAGAUGCUGGUGUAACAGACUUGGACCAAUAUGCUGUAUCACCAGGUCAUCCUCUUCUGCCUGAUUUCUUUCUCAGUGAUGAGGACUUGAAAACUUUUGACUCAGUUCCUGAUAUUAGUAUUGAAAAUUUAAAGCAACCUGAUACAGACAAAUCUUCAGAAAAAGUCUUCAGUAAAAUUGAAGGACUGCUAAGUGAAGACAUCGUUAAAUCAACAGGCGGAAUUUUUGUGUUUGACAUCACUGGAGAACCAAAGGAAAGGUGGUACAUAGACUUAAAGAAUGGAAGAGGCUCAGUUGGUAAAGGAGAUCCACCUGUUAAUGGAGAUGUCACUUUUGUUGUAGAUACAGAAAGCUUUAUACAGAUGUUCUCAGGGUCUUUAAAGCCCACGGCAGCUUUCAUGUCUGGAAAGCUUAAGAUCAAAGGUAAUAUGGGGUUAGCCUUGAAACUGGACAACCUAAUGUCCAAAGUGAAGUCCAAGUUGUGAUAUCAGAAAGCCCUAGGUUUACUGCUGCAUACUUCUUAUGCCUGUGUAAUGUUAAUAAUUAUAAUAAUUAAAGCAAAAUAUGUUAAAUGUGAUAAUUCAACCAAAAAUGCAAUAAACCUGGAAAUUCAUGGUUUGGGGUUAUCUUUAAAAAAAGAUACAAAAAAUAAAAUAAAAGUACAACUUGAACAUCUGAACAGUGGAACUGCCGUUAGUUUGAAACAUUUAUGCAUUACUAACGUCAAGUACUCAUUUUAGGUUGAUAAUGUCUUUGAUUUUUCCUAUAUAAAUGGGAAUGAUUUAUUGUAAUGAUCAGAAUGGGAAAACCAUAGCAUGGUGCAUUUAUAAAUAAUGAAGUUAUUGAAGAAGGUAAUGGAAAAUCAUGAGUCAUAAACAAAACUAAGAAAGUUGUCAAAAGUUAACGAUAUCACAAGCACAUAGACAAACUUACAUAGUACUUUCUUUAACAAUUUCAAGAGGGAAACAAGAAAUUAUAUUACAAAAAAACUUGAUUUUGUUUUUGCUUUGUAUUACUCCAAUAGGAAAGAAUAGUAUUUGGUAACAACUUUCCAUCAUCAUUAACUAUUUUUAAGUUGGAUAUGAUAAGGAGGAACUUGUUUGAGACAGUAAAGUAUGAAGAUGGCUUGAAUAUUUAAUAAAGGAAAUUUCAUUACAAGUUUAACAUAGUAACAGGUGAACAACACUGCCGAUGAUGACAAAACCUUGUUGAAAUGUUUAAUAUUUGUCAGUAGGUUAAAGUUUUACUGAACUUUUUUUUAUCCAUUCAAGCUACCUUCAAACUUUUAUUUUCAAGUUUAUUAUCAGAGAAGUUGAGGACAAUCUAGCUGACAACAACAUCCUGGUAUACGUACUGAACAAUUAGGUACUUAAUUAGAUAAUUGGGUUACUAAUAUAAACAGCUUAUAACAAAGUACUUUCAAAACAUGUCAUGUACAUAACCUGCUCCUCAUAACUAGGUACUUGUAAGACAGAAGCUAUGUCACAUGAUUUUUGUCCUUGACUAAGAAUUUUUUUUUACUCGUGUUUUUACUAAUAAUCCAAUAUCAGUUGCUGGACAAAGUUCAGACUUGAAGGUUAUUAUCUUGGGAGAAAGGUGUACAUAAAUGAUACUUUGUACUUCCACCAUUUCAAGUCCACCUUUUUCUUUCUUAAUCUUCUUAUCAAGAAAUGCACUUGUUAAUUCUUAAAGGGAUUUUUUAGAGCUCAUUGUUAUCUGUAAUUAUUUUAAGAUGUAUAAUUUCAAACGAAUGUAUUUUAAAAAUUAAAUACCAGUGCUUUAAAGACCAAUACCCAUUUUCACGAGUCCAAACUGGAUCUUAAGUUAAACUGUGCCUUUACUGUUAUCUGUGAAAUGAUUUGAAAGACAGUCUAAUCUUUAGAAUGAAGUUUUAAUAAUCUUAGUACUUUCUUAUGCAGUGUAGAUCAGCCAUGUAUUAAAGCUCUCAUAACAACACUUGUUUCCUUUAAUCA